AUGAACAACGAACGAACACCUUCGAAAAGCAACGGAAAGAUUUCAUCAUUACUUAACGAAGAUGAACAUCACCCGGCCACUACCUCCAACGGUCAAAACAAGAAGGAGAUAACAAAGACCAACAGCAAUGGAAAAGCAACUCCUAGAAUUAGAAAUGAAGUCAACAUUUUUAAAUCCCCUACCCCAAAAUCUAAUAGCACUUCAAUUGUCAACACCAAAAAGACCAAGAAGACGACUUCCAAGACCGCAACCGUUUCAAAAGACAAACCUGCCAAAAAUUCACGUAAGAGACCACUCUCACCCACGGAUUCAGAAGGAGGGAGAGAAGCCUCACAAGAACCUGAAAAAUGCCAACAUCCUAAACAUGAUGAAUACGCUCAAGAUAGUCUUCCUCCAGUCAACAAACGAGCUAAGCUCGAUAAGCCACCAAAAUUGGUUGGCAUGCCUAAGCGAUUAGAAGGUGUAUUGAACAUAGAUCGUGGUACUAAAAUGUGUAGUCGAUGUAUCAAUCAAACUGAUAGAGAUCCACAGUAUACUUCUCACAAGAAAUAUGUCUCUCGUAAAUCCGUCUACAAGAAAAACGAACGUGCAAGACUCAAAAUCGAUAUGAAUGGCGCAACCGAAUAA